AUGGGUUCCAAAUUUCGUCGGCGAAGUGCUAUAUGCGCAUGGGAUAUGUCAGAGGGAGCUACUGAUGCUAUAUGUAUCCGCGUGGAAGGUGGCCGUAUCUCGCUGAGAGGAAUUGGCGUCUAUCUUCAUGCUGAACAAGUGAGAAGGACAUGGCAGUGCGAGAUUCACGUGCUUCGCGAUGGGGACCAGUUUUCUCUACUAAGUAAAACCAGCUGUGAACUAAGUAGCGGAGGUACAGUUGAUACUGGUGUAAUUCUUCUGCCUGACUCGGUAACAUUAUCCGUUGGUGUAACGUACGCUAUCAAAGUGUGGACCCCAGAAAAUGGAAAGACAUAUUGUGGCGAAGGCGGCGUGAAUUACAUCCGUCUCAGCAAUGGCGCACGAGUAACUUUCUCCUCCUGCCCUCUUAGCGAAAAUGGGACUUCGCUCCAACGUGGACAGAUACCUUUUUUUCUUUACUCCGUUGUUCAGUCAGAAAAAUGUGAUACAAGCCAAGCGAAGGAUGAA